AUGAUUAAACUGAUGCAUAGCGUAAUACGCAGAUGUGCAACGCGGUUGCUGGCCUCUAAUGCAAGUCUUCAAUGUCGAUGUUUCGGUCAGAAAUCCCAAACAGCAUUUAAUGAGCAGUUCCAGCCAGAACUGAAUCUAGUUGAGUUGGAUAACAAGUGGCAACAAAUAUGGCGUGCACGACAACUCAAGAAAAAUACACAAAAUCUCAAAUCAUGUCCCAGUCCGGGUGUGAAGAUAACUCUUCAAAAAAAAUACAUCCUACCCAUGUUUCCUUACCCCUCAGGAGACCUACAUCUCGGUCACUUACGGGUUUAUACCAUCUCGGACGUUUUGGCACGAUUUUAUAGAAUGAAUGGGUAUAAUGUUAUACACCCUAUCGGAUGGGAUGCCUUUGGUCUACCAGCAGAAAAUGCUGCCAUUGAAAGGGGGAUCGACCCGAAGAAUUGGACAAAGCGCAAUAUUGAUAGAAUGCGAGCUCAAAUAAUCGGUAUGAACGGCCAGUGGGAUUGGAAUCGAGAGCUUGCGACUUGUGACCCUAGCUUCUAUAAACAUACUCAGAAGCUCUUUACACUUUUGUUCAAGGCCGGUCUUGCGUACCGCGCGGAAUCUUCAGUCAAUUAUGACCCAGUAGAUCAGACUGUCCUUGCAAAUGAACAAGUGGAUUCUAAUGGGUGCUCAUGGAGAUCGGGAGCGAAGGUUGAAAAACGAAGGCUAAACCAAUGGUUCUUAAAAAUAUCUGAUUAUCGGCAGCAAUUACUAGAUGACCUCGAGCAGCUUAAAAUUGAUAAAUCUUGGCCUGAGAACAUAUUGGCAAUGCAGAAAAACUGGCUGGGGAAGUCCGAAGGUGCUCGGAUCAAAUUUUCUGUCAUUGCCAAUGAUUUGGACGCUGGAACAGAUGUUGAGGUAUUCACUACUCGGCCUGAUACUUUACCCCAAGUUCGAUAUUUAGCUCUAGCAACAACCCACCCCCUUGUACUUCAGCUUGCAGCGGUCGACAGUGAACUUCAGGCUUUCUUAGAUGCUGUUCCAGCUAUGUCAUCUGAUACAAAAGUUGGAUAUAUUUUAUCUGGAGUCAAGGCUUUGAAUCCUCUUGCGCAAGAACAGUCGUUUCUAGAAGCCACAAGGAUCCCUCUUCCUAUUUACGUUGCCCCUUAUGUUCUAGGUGAUUAUGGUGAUGGAGCAAUAAUGGGCGUACCUGGCCACGACAGCCGAGAUCAUGAAUUUUGGAGCACAAACUGCCCUGAAGAUCCAGUUAAUUAUGUUAUUUCGAAAUCAAUCGAUGAAUCUACAAUCGGUUUAUCAUUAAACACUCAUAGCUCCGAUGGUCAUGUCACUGAUCAAAAUAGACCCCACACUAAUCUAACAUUGUCGGAAGCUACUACAAAGGUUUUAGAUAUUCUAAAUGAUAGUGGCAGAGGGUUCAAAGCUGAAACAUGGAAAAUCAGGGACUGGCUAGUAAGUCGGCAAAGAUAUUGGGGAACCCCUAUUCCUAUUGUACACUGCGAUAGUUGUGGAUCGGUCCCAGUACCUGACGACGAACUCCCAGUUAAACUCCCUGAAUCAGCUGGAUAUUGGGAUGGUGUUAAGCCUGGAAAUCCUCUUGAGAAAGCUGAUGAUUGGAUCAACACAAAAUGCCCUAAAUGUGGGAGUAUGGCCAAAAGAGAUACAGAUACAAUGGAUACAUUUGUUGACUCAAGCUGGUAUUUUAUGAGAUACUUAGAUCCUCAUAACAAUGACGAAAUGUUCACACCUGAGUUAGCCAACGAGAAUCUCCCUGUCGAUGUUUAUGUUGGUGGAGUUGAACACGCUAUUUUACAUUUGUUGUACGCAAGGUUCAUUUCAAAAUUUAUUAGCAACACUUAUUUGUGGCCAUCCGGGUCUAAGAGGUCUGGCGAGCCUUUCAGCGUUAUAUUGGCGCAAGGAAUGGUACAUGGAAAAACAUAUGCCGAUCCGAACAAUGGAAAAUUUUUAAAGCCAUUUGAAAUUAAUCUUGAAGAUCCCGAAAAUCCUAUCGUGAUUUCAACUGGCAAAACGGCUAUUUGCAGCUUUCAAAAAAUGUCUAAAUCAAAAUAUAAUGGUGUCGAUCCAAGUAUUUGUCGAGAUAAGUAUGGCGCAGAUGCUAUGCGGGCACACAUAUUAUUUCAGGCCCCGGUGACUGAAGUCCUAGAGUGGGACGAAAAAAAGAUUUCAGGCAUUAAUAGAUGGCUCCGAAGACUAUAUAAUUUUAUCUAUAAAUCUCGUGGAUAUUUAAUAAAGGCUCGCUCUCAUGAAUUUUUAGACGGCAUCUGUCCUCGAGAUAUAUUUGAAGGAAAAAACCAGCAGUCAAAGAAUGUUAAGAUAAAUGAAGGAAGCACAAAUGUAGUAGCUACCGUAGCCAUCGAACUUGAAAAUAUGGGGCAUCAAUCUGAGCAGCUUAGAAAGCUCUGGAGAACAGUACAGUUCACAAUAUCAAAAGUUACGACCUCUCUUAGCAAAACACACUCACUUAACACAGUUAUAUCCGAUUUAAUGGUACUUACAAACACUAUCAUUGAACAACCCGUCGAAAGUAAUAGACCUGGAGAGCCUGAUGGCUUACCAUCAUCUAUUCAUUCAAUUAUUAUAUAUUGGUCGCUUGAAAGUCUUCUUAAAAUGAUGGCACCUAUAACACCUGCAUUUGCUGAAGAAUGUUGGGCUAUGCUCCGGUUAAAAAGUACUGCGUCACAAGCAAUAAAUAAUUUAACAGGUAUUCCUGAUGAAGAUAUCAGCAAAUCAAUAUUCUCCGAGCCAUUUCCCAUAUUAGAUGGCACAAUGCAAAAACUUGGACUUAAUACGCAACCUUGUGCAGUGCAGAUUAAUGGCCGCCUUCGAGCCGUAAUCCAGAUUCCAAUUUGUCCAGAAGGUCUAACUUCGGAUGAAAUGAAAGAAUGGAUUACCAAUAAGAUUCUAGCUGCAGAUGAGAGCCAGAGAAACUCAAAAGAAGCAAGCUCCCACCCUCAUUUUAAGUGCAACAGCAAGGCGAACAAGCUUCCAUUAGAUCUCAACAUUCAACAUGCCAAAAAAGUCUUUGUCGUAAAAAAGGGCAGGAUGAUCAAUUAUGUAAUAUGA